AUGUAUAUCGUCCAUCUACAACAGCAGCGGACUGGCUCUUCUAUGGACCAGUUCUGGUCCCUCGCCCCGUCCCUCGCCCUGUCCCUCGCAGAGAAGCAGCCGGCCUCGUCGUCGACCACUGACGUCGAGGUACAGAAAGAUGAAGUCGACGAGCACCCGCGGAAGCGGCUCGGAUUCGUCCGCUAUACCGCGCUCAACGUCUACCGUCGCCUCUUCAGUCUUGCCUUCAUCGGCAAUGCCGUCGCGUUCGUCGUCCUCGUACUCAAAGGUGGUACCGCUCCGAUGGACCUCGUCAAUGCGGCCGCCAUCAAUAUCGCCGUCUGCGGGCUCUGCCGCCAGCCGCUCGUCGUCAACGCCCUCUUCAUCACGUUCGGCUCCGUCCCGCGCUCCGCGCCCCUGAGGCUGCGCUGCCUGGCCUGCAAGAUCUUCCACCUCGGCGGCGUCCACAGCGGCACCGGCGUCGCCGCCUGUCUCUGGUACGCCGCCUUUACCGGCGUCUACACGACCCAGUACCGCCCCGCGCCCGUCGCCACGGCCGUGCUGGUGCUGGUCUGGCUUGUGCUGGCCCUACUGCUCGCCAUCGCUGCCGUCGCCUACCCUGCCUUCCGCGUCAAGUACCACGACUGCUUCGAGCUGACCCACCGCUUCGCCAACUGGAUCAUCCUGGCCGUGUUCUGGGCGCUGCUGCUCCUCAUGGCCGCCGAGCAGCCGUCCAUGGGCCCCUUUUUGGUUAAUCUGCCCGCCUUCUGGGUCCUCAUCGUCCUCACUCUCGCCACGAUCCACCCGUGGCUGCUCCUGCGCCGCGUGCCCGUGGUCCCCGAGGCGCUGUCGCCGCACGCGGGCAUGUCGGUCGCCACGCGCCCACUCGCCGACUGGCACAGCUUUGCCACCUUUCCGGACCGCUUCGACACCCCGGGCACCCGCUUUUCGUGUCUGGUGUCCAAGGCCGGCGACUGGACCCGCGGAGCCAUCAACACGCAGCCCACACACCUCUGGGUGCGAGGCAUGCCCGCGUACGGGUUCGGCUACAGGAUGCGGCUGUUUUCGCGCCUCGUCGUCGUCACGACCGGUUCCGGCAUCAGCCCGUGCCUAGCGUUUCUAGGAGAUGAAAACCGGCCGCAGGUGCGCGUCGUGUGGCAGACCAAGUCGCCGCUCAAGACGUACGGGCAGCGGACGCUCGACCUGGUGGGCCGGCUGGAUGCGGAGCCGAUGAUAUUCGACACCAGCCACACGGGGCGCGUCGACAUGCUGCCUGUUGUCUUUAGACUGUACAAAGAGUUCGGCGCAGAAGCUGUCUGCAUAAUAAGCAAUCCCAAGGUGACUAGCAGUCUCGCGUUUGACCUCGAGUCGCGGGGGAUCCCGGCGUUUGGGCCCAUUCUUGACAGCUGA